UCCGAACGGCCGCUCCAAGCAGUUUGUAAACACGAAGAAGAAGAAGAAGUAAAGGCGAGAAAGGUGCAUGAACGGGAAAUGUAUUGAACAAAGUUUACAUACACUGAAAAUUCGGGUCAGAUGAACAGGAUGGGUAAGGAUGAUGAGCUAGAUUUACGGCAGAGUGUGGGAGAACUUGACCUGAGUGACAUCGGAGGCCUGUCCUUCAGGGAUUAUUUGAAAUCUGAGUUACGCCGUGGCUACCUCUUAGAAAAUGACGAAGAAAGAUACACUGCCAGGAGGGAGAAGGUCUAUACCUUCUUCAAGAUCCCCCGAGAACUCGAGAAGUUUGUCGCAUAUGGAUUCUUCCAGUGUGCCGAUUCCUUCUUCUUCGUGUUCACUUUCUUACCCAUUAGAUUCUCCUUGGCCCUUUUCGGCCUCUUGACCCGGCCCUUCAGGAAAUUGUUUGGGCUGUACUUCAACAAGAAUCGCCGCAUCCUGAAGCCAGCAGAGAUCGUGGACCUGUUGAAGGGAGUGAUGGUGCUCGUCUGCUGUUACCUGAUGGGAUAUAUCGACUCCUCUGUGUGUUACCACAUCAUCAAGACACAGUCCACCAUCAAACUGUACCUGUUCUUCAAUAUGCUAGAGAUAGCUGACAGACUCAUGUCAGCCUUUGGCCAAGACACCCUCGAUGCUCUCUUCUGGACAGCGACAGAACCCCGAGGCAAGAAGCGGGAACACUUUGGGGUCCUGUUCCACUUGAUUGUUGCAACAGCUUAUGUUGCUUUGCAUUCAACCAUUGUCCUGCUACAAGCUCUGACACUCAAUGUUGCUAUCAAUUCGGACAACAAAGGCUUGUUGACUAUUGUUAUCUCAAAUAACUUUGUAGAGCUGAAAGGAGCUGUUUUCAAGAAGUUUGACAGGAACAACCUUCUACAAAUAUCAUGCAGCGACGUGCGAGAGAGAUUCCACAUCUGUGUUCUUCUCUUGGUGGUUGUCAUUCAAACUAUGAAGGAGUACGCAUGGAAGGAAGAACGCUUUUGGAUUCUGCUGCCUGAUUGCUUACUGGUUUGUGGCACGGAAGUACUGGUGGACUGGCUGAAGCAUGCAUUCAUAACAAGGUUCAAUGACAUUGCUGCAGAUGCCUACAAGGAUUACACAGUUCUUCUGGCUUCUGACCUCAUCAUGUGCAAACAGAAAUAUGCAUAUUCUGACCACAGCGACCUUGUGGCUCGUAGGAUGGGUUUCAUUCCUCUCCCACUCGGAGUUGUGAUGUACAGGAUCCUAAGUCAGUCCAUACGCCUCAGUAACCCUGCAUCCUAUCUCAUCCUGCUUAUUGGAUUCUUAUGCCUCCUAUCAUUCAGGGUUCUCAAUGGCGUAAUUAUUCUGGGGAAAGCUUGUCAGCUCAUAGACAGUGCUGAGAAACGAUCUGCAGGAAGUACAUCCACAACUGAGACUACUGAUAAGAAGAAGGAAAGUGACACUUGCAUCAGUGGUGCAAAAGUCAACCAUAACAAAGAGGAGCCUCAGAAAGUGGAAGCUGCUACUAGCCCUAUCAGAGGGUGGAGCCUUCCACCUCCCCUGUCAACUGUGAGAGACAAACUCACACCCAAGUCCCUUACCCCAACACCUGAAAUGACAACACCAGUAUCUGCUUCCAUGGGCUCAACACCAUCGUCAACAGGUCCACCAAGAAGCGGUUCCCUGGAUUUUUUGGGAGAGUCUAAGAAGGGUCUUAUGGCCAAUAGUAUGGUUAAUCUGUCCAGUGUAGGGAUCAAUGAAGGACCCUACACGAGUGAUGUGAGCCGUCAGUACUGGCUUCAGCAUUCCCUAGAGAGCAUAGUCUCUGCAGACAACUCAGACAUUGUUGACAGCUCCUUGGAACAGCAGUCGUCAUCACAGCCUCAAACACCUUGUGUGUCUUCAGUUGUUGGUGUUACUCCAAUACCGGAAGAUCAAACAGAAAGAAUUCAGGCCUUAGAAGAGAGCUCAAAGACCAGUUCUUCAAAAAAUAUGGAAUUAGAAAUACUCCCUGAAGAAGUGAGAAAGGCUAAGAGACCUCCUUUUUUGUCCUGUGAUUCCUUAAGAUACCGAGGUUCCACUGACACCGGAGACUUGUUAUGAAUUGGUAGUUAUCUUCUGUUUUUUGUUUAUUAUUAUUAUUGUCUGGAAAUUGGAGACUUUGGUACAAAUGUUUAUUCACCCUAUAGUUUGAGAUGGACCAAAAUUUCUUGGAUGCAGAACUUGAGAGAUUGAAUAGUAUAACAUUUUUAAAAACCUGGCUGUUAUUAUGCUCUAAUCUGAGGUUCUCAUUUUGUACAUGUAAAUAGUUAAUGUUCUAAGUUAAAAGGAGCUCAGAUAGUCUUAAUGUAUAUGAAAUGAUAUUCUGCAUAAAGUUUUAAAGAGUAACUGAUUUCUAAGCAGCCUUCUUUUAUACAUCACUUACCCUGAGAAUUGAUUUUAGAAUACUGUUUCAGAUAUUAAGCCAUUAUUGCAUUUCAUCAGUUGUACAUCUUUAGAGUGCUAGCAAUGUUAUUUCAUUGAGGAACCUCUUCCAUAUUUAGGUGUUAAACAUUAUCUCUGGAAAGUGAAGUACAAGACAUGAAUUUUUGUUAUUCUUGCUAUAAAAGGAUGCCAUUUUCCAUUAUUUUUUUCUUAGUAUACAUAUUUUCUCCAGUGCAGAUGAGGCAAAUGUAGAAUUUUGGUAUUUGAACAGUUGUACAGUUAAAAGAUCUUGCCAUCAUAAGACAGAGAGUAUCAUUACUAAAUAAGUUUACUUGUCAACUCAUAGAACUUCAAUAUGUAUUUGUAUCACAUGAAUGCCAAACUAUAUUCAUCACAUGUGUAAAGUAUACAGUAUUGGUCAGAACUGUUGUAAGGUUUUAAUAACGCAGUAGUCUUCUCUGUCUCUCUCCCUCUUCCCUCUUUCCCUCUUUCCCUCUUUCCCUCUUUCCCUCUUUCCCUCUUUCCCUCCCUCCCUCCCUCCCUCCCUGCCUCCUUCCCUCCCUCCCUCCUUCCCUCCUUCCCUCCUUCCCUCCUUCCCUCCUUCCCUCCUUCCCUCCUUCCCUCCUUCCCUCCUACCCUCCUACCCUCCUACCCAAUUUUGGAACUGCAGAAUGUUAUAAAGAUUAUUUAUGAAUAUCAACACCAAUAUAUGACAAGUUGUGGCCAGCAUUGUGCACAAUUACAUAAAGUCUGCACAUGUUUAAAGUGAAAGAAAAAAAAAAAAGUACCAUUCCAUAAUUGACUGCAUUUGUUAGAUAUUAUCUCCAGUUGCAAGGCAAAACAUGAUCAUUGUAUCUUUACACUGAAAUGCAUACAACACCAUAAUAGCCAUAUAACAACAGAUAUACACAGAUUAGGAAUUUUCAAAUCCAGUUCUCUAGCCAUAGAGAUUGCCUUCCUCGUAUUUUAAGCAAUGGGACACAGAGAAACUUAACAGCUGUAGAAGUGGCCAGUGGUUUUGGACCACAGAUCACUAAGGAGGUUCCACAUUUACUUCAUUCAGUCAUUAUAACAUCUUGAUCUGCUUUUCUAUUAAGUAUUAGUAUUCUAGUCCUGACAGGAGCUGUAUUUAAAUAAGCCUCUUUUGUUUGAUGUGUGGAUUAUUACCUGAAUUAACUCUUUGUUGUAUAUUUGAUAUGGAGACAUGGAAAUUUAUGCAUAUAUUGUGGGCAUAAAUGUUGGGACAGUUAAUGUUAACAAAUUUUAGAUGUUAAACACUUUGUGAUAUGUCCAUAAAACCUGUAAAAGAUUACUAGUAUCUUCCAGUAAGUUUUGGAUAUAUUGUUCACGUUUCUUUAACGUUUAAAUGUAUAAUUUCUACCAUAAAUUUCUAUAAUGUUAAAGUAGAUGUUUGGAUGUUUAUAUUUUAUAUUACUGUAUCACCUUUGCUUUGUUUGGCUGUGAUCUCUUGAAAUAAUUUAUUUGUUUUGCAACUAUUGAAUGGCUUGUGGUAUCCACAAAUGAUUAGAGCUUUUUAUGUGAAUCAUUUAUCUGCAACCCUUUCAGGAGGCCAUUUAGUAAUAUCUACUUUUUUUACUACAAAACAUUAGAAAAAAACAUUACAUAUAUAAUCUAAUCACAUGUAUAUUUUUAGGCUCCUAUACCUCUCAUAAUGAUUCCUCAUAGUUAGCAGUUUCAUUUUGCACAUUUACAUAUAACUUUUACUUGGUAGGAAGUAUGUUAUAUUAAUAAAUUCAAGACUAAUACCUACCAAAGGUUCCAACAUCCAAAAGCUCUUUCUUAUGGGCAACCUUCAUUUAGGGUACAUCGAAGUUACCUCCAUUCUUUUCAUUUAUGUAAUUAUUAAUACUACACAUCAUAUGUACAGUAGAAAUGCAGGUGUUGAGAUGUGCUGUCCCCUUGCACCAUAAUACUAAUUCAAGAUAGCUCUAGGAAACGUUAUGAAGGUUAUAGGUGUCAUUCACUUUUUCUCCAAAAUUCUUUGACAAAACUGGCCAUAGGUGCAGCAUCUUGAAAAUAUUUAAUAGCCAUAGACAGUGUAAAUGGCUGUGAAGUUAUUGUUAGAAGCAUCAUUUUGUAAUAUAAUUGUAUCAGAGACUGUCUCCUGAGAGGGUUGUAUCAGGCAGUGUAGUGUAAACAGUUGAACAUGGAUAUUGAAUUUGAAAACAAAUUAUGAGCUUUUCAAAUCAUUCUUUUUGCUGGUCUUCACCUUAAAGUUGACAAUAGACAUCAGUGCAUGACCACAGUAUUAAUUUACCCAUUAAGUGCCAGUUCAUGGUAAUUGUUAAUGAAGAUUAUUUAAUGAAUUGUGAUACCUGUGAUUGCAAUAAAGCAUACAGGACCCUUU